UGUUCUUCCACCUCUAAUCUCUAUCGCACGUGGUUUUUGAGUUUUCAAUAAACGAAACACGCGGCGGCGACAUUUUUGCGUUAAAUCCACUUGAUUCUGAUCUGUUCAAUUAGUAAAAGCACAGAAACGCAAUAAAUAAAAUGGCCCAAAAGAAAGCAGUAGCCGCCAAGGGAAAGAACGGAGUGGAGAAGCCGGCCAAGCGCGGCGCCAAGGCCGUAAAGCCGCAAGAAGAGGAGGAGGAGCUGGUGGCCCAAUCGCCGCCAAAGAAGGGCAAGAAGUUGCCGGCAAAGGAGGUUCCACAGUCCAGCGAAGAGGAGUCCGAUGAUGAGGAGCAGAAUGGUGGCGAAGAGGAGGAUGAGGAGGAGGAGGACAGCGACUCCCAGGCUGAAGAUGUAGGAGACUUGAUUGAUGACGAGGCUGAGGAGGACGAUGAUGACGAUAGUAGUGAAGGUGAUGAGGAUGAGCUGGAGCCUGGCCAGGCUUCCUUUGGCAGCCUUCAAGCCGCUGAAGAUGAUGACGAAGAUUCCGAAGACGAGGCCCCCGUGGAAGAGCCCGUUGGCAAGAAGGCCAAGAAAACCGAACAGGCCAAUGGCCAGGAGUCGGAAGCCAAGAAGGGUGGUAUUCCCAAAGUACGCGUGGGCAGGAUUCCUCCCGAAACUCCCAAGGAUAGGCUCAUCUUUGGCAGUAACUUGCCCAAAGAAUACAAGCACAAGGAUCUGGUUGCCUUGUUCACCAAAUUCGGACCGAUCUCAAUUGUGAACCGCGUCACAAACAAGAGCGGUGAGAACACAGUGAUUGUUGCCUUCGAAACUGCUGCCGGUGCCGAGGCUGCUCUGGCGGCCAAAGAAAAGUCUCUGAACUUGGGCGGCAAAGUGGUGGCUUUAAGCCGUCUGCGCGAUAGGGAUGAAAGCAACAAGCUGACCGUGGUGGUGAGCCUCUUGGGACCCCAUGUCACCGAGGAUGAGAUCAAGGCCCACUUUGAGAAGAUCGGUCCCGUGGAGGCCGUUUCCAGAUCGGCCAACAGGGCCAACCCGACGGCCUUUGUCCGCUACUCGAACGUUAGCGAUGCCGAAAAAGCCCUCAAGCUGCACAGCACCGAGUUCUUUUCGCGUUUCAUCACCGUGCGUCCUAUGCUGCACAAAUCGCAGUCGGUCAAGACCCCGGAGACCACCUUGAUUCUCGAGAAUGUGGGCAAACACGAGUCCUACAAUUCCAAUGCCGUUGAAAAAAUCUUCAAGAAGUUCGAUGUGCACUUUACCGAUGUGGUGUGCAGCAAGAUGGUGCUGGCCUUCAUCACCUUUAAACAGCCGGAGGGAGCCACAAAUGCCUUGGCCCAGCUCAAUGGCAAGACAGUAAACGACUUGGAGCUGAAACUGACGCGCUACCAGCGCAAUAGCUCGGGACGUGCCAUUCUGGUGUCGAAUCUGACCAACAAUACCACCGAAGAGCAGCUGCGGGAAGUGUUUGGCCAAAACGGUGACAUCGAAAGUGUCCAGAUGUUGACCAACAAGGCCGUGAUCAAGUUCACCAGCGACGAUGCCUUCUGCAAGUCUUUCCUGUUGAACGAGCACUUGCUUAACAACAACCCUCUGUUCCUAGAGCCCAACUCGCUGCUGAAGCACAAAAUAUACCGCCAGAAACAUCUGCGUGCUCAGGGUGGACCCGGUGCCCCUGGCAAGUUCCCUGGCAAAUUCCAAAGGUUCGGAAACAACAAGAACUUUGGCAACAAGCGUCCUUAUCAGGAGAACGGCGCCAAGCCUUUUGUGAAGCGACCCAAGUUCUAGAACCUGACAGCAUCUGAAGUUGGUUUAGUCAUAAGUGUAUCCAUAAUCACGGCCACAAGAUCCCCCCCUUAAUCAAAUGCUACGUGAUACAGUGGAUUUAGACUGUAAGAGCUUCCCCGCCCCGCCACAACAACAAAAAGUUGUAUGGAAAUAUUAAUAGUAGCCGUACCUUUUAAACCGUUUUUAUAAACAGGAAACAAAUUAAAAUGAGAACACAAAAAAACCA